UUAACCUGAAACUGGUCCCCGUCUAUUUACCGGGACACCGGCCAUGGCGCGCUCCCACUUCCCUUGACGCGCCACAAGCGCUGCGUGUCGAAGCCGCCACCAUUUAUAGCCUCGCGCUGACAAACAAUCUUAUUAUGAGAUUUAAACUUUGCCUCGGCUAGACUGGAGGAUCAACACGCGCUCCUCGCACUUGUCCAACUGAUACAGUAAUACCUCCACCCACCCAGCACCACAUCCACCUAACCCGCCUCCGUUGGUUGUGGUUAGACGCCGGAGUCAGCGCUCGGUGAACCAGAGGCAAAGCGGGUCUGUUCGGCACAGGCUACAUAUAGAACAAGCGCUGAAAGGAGCUCAGCCUCGAAUUAAAUCACUCACGGCAAAAUGGAUCUUUGAGACUCUCCCCUGACGCAGGCAGCCGCCGCUCUGCGCGCCUCCAAACAGAAAACUACAAAACUGGGAUUCUUUCUUCCUUUCAUUUUUUCCCUCCACUAUCAACAGAAAAAACAGAAAACAUAUGCUGUCUCUUUGAGAAUGUCUUCGUGGUGACAUACGCUGAGCCGCCAGCUUUGCACCGGGAGGAAGAAGCUCUCUGCUCCGCAAUCGUCCAGCAGAGUUCAAGAGGAGAUUCAUCUGUACAGCUGUAGGACGCCAGGGAUGAUCUCUCUCGCUGAAUACUUCAACCCAGAGUAUAGAGGUUAUUCCUCCGAGCACGCGAGAGAGACACAGGGAGGAAGGCCGUGGCAGAAACAAUAAGAUGAGACCGUUUAAUGAUGGUAACCUCUAAGGAGCAAAGCACAAGCCGACCCGAGGUGGUGAAUUCUCUUUUAAACCACCGACACAAGUUCCCUGCAGGAAACCCCUGAUGAAAGAAACUCAGAAUAAAGGCAGAUACUCGACUUUUUUCCGACUGGUACAUGGGGACAACACCAUCCAUCAAUGAAGAGGAGACAAACAAAAGGAGUGCUUCUGACCCUGAGAACAGUUGAACAUCCAGCUGAAUUUCCAACAGGAUCGUCUCCGCCGUGCUGAAACCACAGUGGUAUCGCCCCUUUCAUCAUUUUCUGGCCCCGCACAUGACUCUCAGAGAAGCACCAAUGGCCUGCGGCUUAGGCGUGGUGAUGAGUGCCUUGUUUUGGUCUGUAGCCAUUGUAUAUUUGACUCACAUUGGCAGAGUCAGUGGAGACUGCUGGUUGAUUGAGGGUGAAAAGGGCUUUGUAUGGCUUGCAAUUUGUAGCCAAAACCAACCACCUUAUGAGGCCAUCCCCCAGCAUAUUAACAGCACCAUUGUGGACCUUCGUUUGAAUGAAAACAAAAUCAAAAGCAUCCAUUAUUCUGCUCUUAGUCGCUUUGCCAACUUGACCUACCUGAACCUGACAAAGAAUGAAAUCUCCUACAUCGAGGACGGGGCCUUUUCUGCUCAGUUUAACUUACAAGUCCUGCAAAUGGGCUUCAACAAGUUGCGCAACCUGACAGAGGGAAUCCUCAGGGGUUUAGGAAAGCUGCAAUACCUCUACCUCCAGGCAAACCUGAUAGAGACUGUGACACCCAAUGCCUUUUGGGAAUGCCCCAACAUAGAGAACAUUGACCUCUCCAUGAACCGAAUCCAACAGUUAGACGGGUCCACGUUUACCAGUCUGAAUAAACUGACCACCUGCGAGCUGUACACCAAUCCUUUCAACUGCUCAUGUGAAUUACUUGGUUUUGUCAAAUGGCUCUCGGUUUUCCCAAACAGGACGAACGAGCGGAUGGUCUGCGACUCCCCACCCGGCGUCUCCGGUUUUAGUUUACUGAGCCAAAAUCCGAACAAUCCGACAUAUCGAAACGCACUCCACAUGCUCAAAACUGUGUGCACGGAUGACUAUGUGACGCCAUUUAUUGCUUUGCCCACUGACUCUUCAACGCCCCCACCAGACUCAACACUCUGCGGGCUGGAAGACUGUCCAUCAGGCACAGAACCAGAUGACAUUACCAUCAGUGCGACCUACAGCACCGUGGAAGUAACCCCUCAGAUGAAAGUGAAGCAAGUAACGAAUACAGGUGCCACCAUCACAGUUCAGAUCCCCCAUCCUUACAAAAAGAUGUACAUCCUCAUUCUGUACAACAACAGCUUCUUCACAGAAAUUCGAAAUCUAAAAGAUAUCACAGAGGAUAUCGAACUGAAAAACCUUAAACCCCACACUAACUACACAUACUGUGUGGCUUCAAUACGAAACUCCCUUAGACACAACCACACUUGUCUGACUGUCACCACAGGCCCUCGGGCUGAGAAGGACAGAGCUGUAAACAAUGCAACUGCCACUCAUUAUAUUAUGACAAUUUUAGGCUGCCUCUUUAGCAUGGUCAUUUUUCUUGGGGUGGUCUACUAUUGCUUGCGAAGAAAGCGUCAGCAAGAUGAAAAGCACAAAAAAGCAGGUACCCUGAAGAAAAAUAUAAUGGAACUUAAGUAUGGACAAGAAAUGGAAGGGGGGACUAUUUCCCGAAUGUCGCAGAAGCAGCUGUUGGCUGGGGAGAGCAUGGCCCGUAUGCCGUACCUACCAUCUGCUGCUGAAAUGGAGCAGUACAAAUUUCAAGAGAUAAGUGAUACUCCUAAAAUGAUGAAGGGAAAUUACAUGGAGGUGCGGAGUAUGGAACACCAUGAACGCAGGGAGUGUGACAUGGGAAUGCCCGGGAACAGCCAGGGGUCGGUGGCAGAGAUUUCCACCAUUGCAAAAGAGGUGGAUAAAGUCAAUCAGAUAAUUAACAACUGUAUAGAUGCUCUAAAGUCAGAAUCCACCUCUUUUCAAGGAGUGAAAUCCGGAGCCGUGUCGACAGCAGAGCCUCAGCUCGUACUAAUAUCCGAACACCCACAGAAUAAGUCCAGCCUGCUGUCGCCAGUGUACACGGACAGCUACCAUCAUUCUCUGCAGAGGCAUCGGACCUCUGAUGUCUCACCAAAGAGGCCCAGCACUGCCACAGGAGGGCCCAUGCGAAGCCCCAGACCUUAUCGCACUGAAUCCAAGUACAUAGAGAAAACCUCCCCAACGGGAGAGACCAUCCUCACUGUAACACCUGCUGCCACCAUCCUGAGGGCUGAGGCGGAGAAGAUCCGCCACUACAGUGACCACCGGCACUCGUACCCCGAUGCUCAGAUAGAGGAGCUGGAAGGACCCGACGGCCACAAGUCCUCCAUGCUGGACCCGCUCACUCACACCCGCUCCAGAGACUUAGCGUACUCCCAGCUGUCAUCUCAAUAUCACAAUCUAAGCUAUUCUUCCAGUCCCGAGUACUACUGCAAACCUUCACAUAGCAUCUGGGAGCGGUUCAAACUCCACCGGAAACGGCACAAAGAUGAUGAGUACAUGGCUGCAGGGCAUGCACUGCGGAAGAAAGUCCAGUUUGCAAAGGAUGAGGACCUGCACGAUAUUUUAGACUACUGGAAAGGAGUGUCAGCCCAACAGAAAUCAUAACCACUUUAGAUGUUUUUAAAAUGGACCACACGUUGCAGAAAUGACACAAGAACUUCAUCUGACUAUUGAAUCAAUGGAAACUUCCAUUAUUAUAAUCAACUACUCACUCGCGUGUAUAAAAUUCUGUUUUCGACUGUGACAAAAAUGGGGUAAACAUUCUUUAAAUUUGUCAUAUUAUGUAAAGCAUCCAACGGGAAAACUUUUAUCUAUUAAAGAGAAAAUAUAUAUUGCAAAGUAAUGACAUAUAUGUUACAAUGGAUUAUAGGUUUUUUGGGUAUCGCAUGGCCAAGUCCUGUGACAGUGGAUUUGCUGUUGUGUAAUAUGAAACUACUAUAUGAAGAUAUGUUUAAUGAAACCUCAAUAUUUUUUGAAGAACUAUCUGGACCUUUUAUUGAAAAAUAACUUUUUCGGUUUUCCUUCCCCUCCCUGAAUUUAUCUAAUUUAACAGAACUAUGUACAGAUAUGGGUUUCUAUAUUUGCAAUGUUUGCUGUGUAAAUGGAAACGUAUUACUGGAUGAGCUGGGUUUAUCAAACGGAGCGCUGUUUAUUUGGAUUAUCUUGUUGCUAAACACCGGCAUGUCCCACUUCAAACUUGUCAGGACAUUUGUCAUUUUAACCUUUGCCGCCUGAUGUUUU